AUGAGACAAGGUUCUUCUAUGGAGAAAAAGAAGAUUACGAGGCCUAAAGAUAAUGAUUUCAUUGAUUUGGUUCUCAAAUGGUCUAUCAAAGAUAUUUUUGAUGAAACUUUGUAUCAAACUCAGGUGGAGAAGAUUUCUGAAUCAUUUGAAUCAGUAGAUCAUUAUUUGAGUUCUUUCGUCUUCCCUUUACUAGAAGAAACGAGGGCAUGUAUUGCUGUUUCCUUGAAAGACAUAGUUAAAGCACCAUUUGCUGAAUUAAUAUCCUUUGAAGAAGUACUAGAGACAAAUGGACCAUUGUUUUUUCAUGUUGAGGUUAAUUAUUGGAUGAACCGAUGUUGUGAUGGUCGUGUUCCUUAUAGGACAUCACCGGGAGAUAUUGUUGUUAUCUCGAAUGUUAAACUUGAAGAUGCUAAUGAGCUGCAGCGAUCGAGAUUGACAUUUGCAUAUGUUACUGAUGUCAAUGAGAAUGAUGCAUUCGUUAAUUUUAAAGUAAGAGUUCCUCCAGGUAGUGGAAAUGUUAAGGGUAUGCGAGGAUCAUGUCAUGUAGUGUUUUUAGUAAAUGUAAUGUCGUAUAAGAGAGUAUGGAACAUGUUGUGUGUGAGAGAGAAUUUGAAUAUGAUUGAGAAAGUCCUUUCCCCCGUGCAUGAGAUCGAACAGAAAUGUGACGUUUGUUCAGAAUUUGAUGCACCAGUUGGAGGGGUUACGUCUAGCCUAUUGUCCAAGUUGAACGAUUCCCAGGCUAAUGCAAUAUUUACCUCUCUAGCUGCCGUGAGAUGCCACCACAAGGCUUCUGUUGAACUUAUUUGUGGUCCACCUGGUACUGGAAAGACUAGGACACUAAGUGUAAUGCUUUUUGAGCUGCUGCAUAUGAAGUGUAGAACUGUUACUUGCGCCCCAACGGAUGUAACAACAGCCCGAGUUGCUUCCCAUCUGGUUAAACUGGUCCGAGAGUCGUCUAACAAUGAAUAUGAUGGCUUUUACCCUUUGGGUGAUAUUCUCUUGUUUGGGAAUAGGAACUGUGAGGAUGGUGAAGAUAUAGCAGAGAUUUCCCUCGAUUAUCGUGUUGACAGGCUGGAGGAGUGCCUUGCACCAAAGAGUGGUUGGAAUGCCUGUUUGAAUUCUAUGAUUAGCUUUCUGGAGGAACUCGGUGAGCAAGAGAAAAUCAGCUCAUCGGUAGAUUUAGUGCAAUCUCAGUUUACUUUGACAGCUUCAUCUCUCCGAAGGUGCAUGGUUAUGAUUUGUACACAUGUACCUAUAGAGUUCCUCCUUAAAGAAAAUGUUGAUAGAAUGGUGGUCGCUAUCUCCCUGCUUGAUUCUCUCGAGAGGAUGCUCUAUUUUUCUCAGCAACCAUUUGGAGUGUCUUUAAUUAUCCAGUCCCUGAAAGAUAUUCAGCAAUCUCUCUGGACACUGCGUUUUCCUAACGUGACGAGUAAGGAUCUGAUAAUGGAGUUCUGUAUCCAAAUGGCCUCCUCGAUUUUCUGCACUGCUUCUACUACAUAUAAGCUACAUUCUGUGGAAUUGAAGCCAUUUGACUUAUUGGUUGUUGAUGACGCCAACCAGUUGAAGGAGUGCGAAGCAGUCAUACCCCUUCAACUUCGAGGUUUAAGGCAUGUUGUUCUAGCUGGAGACGAGUUCCAGCUGACUACGAUAGUUAAGAGUAGAAUUUCUCGUGAAGCUGGCUUUGGAAGGAGCUUGUUCAAACGACUCGGUUCUUUUGGUCAUGUUAAGCACGUGCUUAACGUUCAGUACAGGAUGCAUCCUUCGAUAAGCCAGUUCCCAAAUUCAAUUUUCCAUCGUAGGCAAAUCAUUGAUGCUCCGGAUGUAAAGAGUAAUGCAUAUGAAAAAGUAUAUCUUACAGGACAGUCUUUUGGUCCAUACGCCUUUAUAAAUGUACCACCGGGAGAAGAAGAGCUCGAUAAUCUUGGACAUAGACGAAAUUUGGUUGAAGUGCAUUGGUCAUCUUGGAGUACGGCCUCCAAGAAGAAACUCCGCAUUGGUGUUAUAUCACCGUAUGCUGCUCAAGUUUUGUCCAUACAAGAUAAACUUGGUGAGAAGUAUAAUAACCAUGCACAUUUUGAAGUUAAUGUGAAGACAGUUGAUGGAUUUCAGGGAGGGGAAGAAGAUAUUGUAAUAAUAUCUACCGUGAAAUCGAAUCGUGAUGGUUCCAUUGGCUUCAUGUCUAGUCUUCACUGGACUAAUGUUGCUUUGACAAGGGCUCGACACUGUCUCUGGAUUUUGGGCAAUGAACAAACGUUACUGAAUAGUAACUCCAUCUGGGAAGAACUAAUUCUCAAUGCCAAGGAUCGUAAAUGCUUCUUUCAUGCAGAUGAAGAUACGGAUAUGAGAAAAACAAUUUUAGAUGUCAAGAAGGAACUUGAUCAAUUGGACGAUUUUCUAAAUGAGGAUAGUUCUCUAUUCAAAGAACAAAAAUGGAAGGUAGUAUUCAGUGAGAAUUUUGGAAAAUCAUUUCGAAAGUUGGCAUCCCCGUACUUGAGAAAGUAUGUGUUAACUCUUCUGGUUAAGCUUGCAAGUGGAUGGCGCCCAAAGAGGAAGAACGUGGACUUACUUUGCAAAAAUUCGUCUCAUGUGGUAAAGAAAUUUAAGGUGGUUGAAGGGCGAUAUCUCGUUUGUACUGUUGAUAUUCAGGAAGAGUUUUUUUAUACACAAGUUCUCAAGGUUUGGGAUAUUUUGCCUUUGGAGGAGUUUCCUGGGUUUUUGAAACGACUCGAUGCAAAUUUCUUUGGUUUUAACUUUCGUCUUCUGUUUAGUGAUUUGGAAGUUCCAAAGUGUUGGGAGGUUCAUCAUGAGAUUGUUCAGUAUAAGAAUGAUGCUGAGAGAAAAUUGAACCGUAAAUCGGGAUAUGUCGAGAAUUCAAGAGUGAGUGAAAGCUUCUUGUUAAUGAAGUUUUACUCUUUAUCAUCUGGUGUCGUCACACAUUUGCUCUCUGAUCGCCAUGGUGAAGAAAUAUAUGUUCCUUUUGAAGUUACUGAUGAAGAGAGGAAGAUAAUCCUUUUCAGUAAAAGCAGUUUCAUACUUGGCCGCUCAGGCACGGGUAAAACUACCGUGUUAACAUUAAAGUUGUUCCAAAAAGAGCAGCAGCACCAUAGUUCUGUUCACGGGUUAAACGUAGCAGAGGAAUCAAGAUUCGGACUAUACGAGGAACAUGAAAAUGAACAAUCUAUCAGAGAGACUAACAGGACUACCUUGCACCAGCUAUUUGUCACCGUUAGUCCUAAAUUAUGUUACGCGGUCAACAAACAAGUUUCUCAGCUGAAAAGGUUUUCUCUUGGUGAAAGUUUCUGGGCUGAAAGCAGCUUUGAAGCUGAUGAGUUUGAUGGAACGACGCCGUUUAGGGACAUACCGAAUUCUUUUAUAGGCAUUCCAUACAAAAAAUACCCUCUUGUGAUUACAUUCCAUAAAUUCUUGAUGAUGCUUGAUGGAACGGUAGGUUCUUCAUACUUCAAUAAAUUUAACUUGAAGUGGAAGCUUUCCAAGGACAGAAGCUUGAGGUCAGUUGCCAUAGAAACAUUCAUAAGAGAGAACGAGAUCAGUUAUGAUCGUUUUUGUUGCUUGUAUUGGCCUCACUUCAGACGUCAAUUGACGAAGAAUCUUGAUCCUUCAAGGGUCUUUACAGAAAUAAUGUCUCAUAUAAAAGGUGGGCUACAUGCUGGGGAUUUUCAGGACGGGAAGCUUAGCAGAGAUGCUUAUGUUUCUAUGUCUAAAAGUCGUGUCUCUAAUUUAAGCGCGGAAAAGAGAGAGGGAAUAUAUGAUAUUUUCCAAGCUUACGAAAAGAUGAAGAUGAAUCGUGGUGAAUUUGAUAUAUCUGAUUUAGUUAAUGAUAUUCAUCUUCGACUAAAACAUGAUCAAUUGGAUUGUGACAAAAUGGACUUUGUAUAUAUUGAUGAAGUUCAGGACUUGACGAUGAGGCAACUUUCUCUUUUCAAAUAUAUUUGCAGAAAUGUGGAUGAAGGGUUUGUUUUCUCGGGGGAUACAGCCCAGACUAUUGCAAAGGGUGUUGAUUUUCGAUUUGAGGACAUAAGAAGUUUAUUCUACACUGAGUUUCUCAUGUACUCAAAGAGUGAUGUCAGAAGAAAAGAUAAAGGACAUCUAUCACCUAUCUUUCAGUUGCUUCAGAACUUCCGUACACAUACCGGUGUACUCAAAAUUUCUCAGAGUGUGAUCAAUCUACUCGGUCAUUUUUUUCCUGAAUCUGUUGAUGUCUUAAAAUCUGAGACAAGUCUUAUAGGUGGUGCAUCUCCAGUCUUGCUUAAGUCCGGAAAUGAUGAAAAUGCUAUCAUAACUCUUUUCGGGAACAAGGGGAAUAACAGUGGAAAAAUAGUAGGCUUUGGUGCAGAACAAGUAUUACUAGUACGUGAUGAAUCCGCGAAGCAAGAAAUCUAUGGUUUAGUUGGACAGAAAGCUCUUAUUCUGACCAUAGUUGAGUGCAAAGGGCUCGAAUUUGAGGAUGUACUCCUGUACAAUUUUUUUAGCUCAUCGCCACUCGGAAAUCAAUGGAGAGUUGUAUAUGCGUAUAUGAAGGAACAUAAUUUAGCUGAUUUGUCCUUCCCAAGUUUCUGUGAUGCAAAACAUAAUAUCUUGUGUUCUGAACUGAAGCAACUUUACGUGGCUAUUACUCGAACACGACAAAGAUUAUGGAUCUGUGAAAGUCUAGAUGAUCUUUCCAUGCCUAUGUUUGACUACUGGAAAAUGUUGUCUCUUGUGGAAGUAAAGAAUGUACAUUCAGUCAGAGAUACUAUGCAAACUUUCAGCACUCCGGAGGAGUGGAAAUCGAGAGGAAUAAAGCUUUUUUGGGAGAAAAAUUAUGAGAUGGCGCUUAUGUGUUUCAAGCAAGCGGGUGAAAUACAAUGGGAGAAAAGAGCCAAGGCUGCUUAUAACAUGGAAACUGCUGAACGAAUUCGUUAUUCUGAUCCUGAAAAGGCUCAUAUUAUUUUUCUGGAGGCUGCAGAAAUUUUUCUUUCUAUCGGCAAAUUUAAGUCUGCAGCAGAGUGUUUUUAUGACUUAAAAGAUUAUAAACAAGCAGGAAGUAUUUAUUUGGACAAGUGUGGUGAACUGAUAAAGGCUGCUGAAUGUUUUACGUUGGCUGGUCGCUAUAAUAAGGCUGCAGAAAUUUAUGCAAAAAGAAAUCAUUUCACAGAGUGUCUGUCAGUUUGUAUCAAAGGAAAAUGCUAUGACUUAGGUCUGAAAUAUAUCGAUUUCUGGAAGCAAAAUGCUUGUCAGCGCGAUAAUGUUGGGAAAAGUGCUGAUGAAAUUGAUGAACUCAGGAUGGAGUUCUUGGAGAGUUGUGCAUCUGACUCUUUUGUGCAUAAGGACAGAAAAUCUAUGAUGAAAUUUGUAAGAUUUUUCCCAUCAAUGGACUUAAAGCGCAAGUUCUUAAUGUCUCGAAAGUGCCUCGAUGAGUUGCUUCUUUUAGAAGAACAAUCAGGAAACAUUGCUGAAGCUAUUGAAAUCACAGAUUUGAUUGGAAAUGUACUUUGUGAAGCUGAUCUUCUUGGGAAGAUAGGGGAUUUCGAUAAGGCGUGCUCACUCUUACUAUUGUAUGUUCUCUCUUACUCAUUAUGGAUGGCUGGAAGUAAAGGUUGGCCUUUGAAAUCGUUCGUGCAAAUGGAGAAAAUUUUAGAGAAGGCGAUGAUAUUCGCGAGGCAGGGGUCAAAUUUUGAAACCGUGUGCGUUGAGAUUAAGGUUUUAUCGAACGAGUCGGUUGAUUGGUCAGUCUUGAAGCAUAAUUUCAUUGCCUCUAAGAAAUGUAAAAGUUUCCUAGGUGAAAUUUUGUGUUGUAGAAAGAUAUUGGAUUUUCAUUUUCAAUAUGACGUAACAAAGUAUGUUUGGGAUGAUAAGUUAUCGGGUAAUCUAAAUGGUUCAGAAGAACUUAUUCCGUGCAGCCCGGUUAGUAUUGGGACACUGUUUCACUUUUGGAAUUCGUGGAAGAAUAAUGUUAUUGAUGUUCUUGAUUCUCUUGAGUGCCUCGGAGAUGUUGAUUUUGGUGAAUUCAAAGGAGUUGGUGAAUUCUGUCUGAAAUACUUUGGCGUAAGGCAGAAGUUGAAUGGUCUCAACGUUACAUAUGUUCUGCUGCAUCCAGCAGCCAAAUGGGUGAAAUAUAUUCAGAGCUCUGUUGUAAGGCGGAACAAACAAAUGGUAUUUGUUGAUGCUCGACAUUUUAUCACUGCUGUUCGUACUCAUUGGCAUACUGCAUUACUCGUAGUUGGUCUGAAGGUUGUUGAAACUCUUGCAUCCCUCUAUGAGUUGGCUGCAAACUCGUUGCCUUUAUUUUGGCAAAACGUGUGCCUGCUAAAUGUUUACGAGAUCGCUAAGUUUUUAACUGAGUCCAAGUACCAUGUCUUGAACAGUACUGAGUUGAGCAUACAGAAGGUUUUGACGUUAGUGUCGACAAAAUACUUUGAGAAGAUAUUCCCCUUCGAUCCCCGACAGCCAAUGGUGGGACGUAUGAUUUCUCUGAGGAGAACGAAACUUUCUUGUGACUUACUUCAAGAAUGUAUUUUUCAGGAUAUUGGCAUUAGUGGUACUCUUAGCUAUGGACAGAUUGGAAGAAUGGUGAUCGUAUGCCUUGCUACGGGAAAACUUCCCGAGGAGCUGUACGAGGAAAUUGUUGGAAGAAUCCCAUCAGAUGUUCCUUGGAGAUCAUUAAUCGAAAUUUUCUAUUGUACGAAGCAGAGAGAAUGUUGGGAAGAUUUUGAUCAGUCAGGCAAUUAUGUUGGAGAAGAAUCGUUGAAAUUUCAAGAAGUUCUAUUGAGCAACAUUAAUCUUGAAUGUUAUGAGUUAUUGCAGAAAUUUUGUGAAGCUUUGCAGGAUACAUUUAGCGCGAAUUGGAAAAGAAGAGACGAGAAUUGGACAAUAAUUGGCGACUGUUUCUCCCCUGUCUGUUUCUUGUAUCUUCUUGAGCAUUUCCUGAUUUUGGUAUCUCAGUAUCAUGGAAUGUUCUUCGUGUUUAAAUCUUCAUUCGUGGAAUGGCUGAUGUCUGAGCAGUUUGAAUCCCGACCAACGUCUAAGAAUGCUAUUAAGACACCGGUUUUAGAAGAAUUAUAUGAUUCCAUUCUUGUGAUGGUACAACAACUCAUUUUUGACAAAGCUUGUACAGUAGAGUGGAUUGCUCGAUCGAAAAUCAAUGUUGAAAUGUACUAUAAGCAAAUGGUCUUGAGAUUGGUGUUUAUCCUGUGCUUACUGUGUCUCAACUGUGAGAAAUACUAUGACGUUCUUUUCAGAGUGCUCCGUAUCAACGAUGUUAGGAAACAAUUUCCAGAGGAAAUUUAUGACAUUCUUCAACGAGGAACGGAUAAUAAUUGUGUUCAUAUCAAUGAUUUUGUUGAAGCUUUUCAAAAAGGCGGAGAUCCGCUUUUGGUUGUCAACCUUGGUGAUAUUGUUCCAGGAGUUGAGUAUUCCAACGUUGCCUCUGUGCAGCUGCGAGCAGAUUGCAGCAGAGAAGAUACCUUGAGUUUGUUGAUUCCAGCUGAAACGGUCUACUCUGUAGAUCAAACCAGCACUAUUCCAGCAAAGAUUCCGAUCAUUACUCCUGAGACAGAUCAAUACGUGCAACUGAAUUGGGCAGUGUUUCAGGAAAUAUCAAACGUCUUGAAGUCUAGUGCCAGCGCUGACAGUGGAACUUCUGCAAGUGUCUCAACUGUUAAUUUGAAGGAGGAAAUGAAUGCUAAUGUAAGCUUCUUAACCGCUGCAAUCAAUCUGUGCUCGGAGAAGAAACUUUAUGUUGCUGAGGACAUGAUGCAGGAAACGCGUAAUAUGCUUCAGGAGUUGAUACAACUUCUUUCAUUGAUGAAUACGAGCACUCUUGAAAAGGAAAGGAUUGAACAGUUGCUAAAGAGCUUGCUAUCAAAAAAAACCAAGUUAGAAGUUUUCUUGAACCAUUUCAUUGUACCCAAGAAUAGAAUCAUCGCGUUAGAGAACCAAUGCGCGGAGAAACUUAAUGUAUCGUGUGAUCAAGUUGCUACGAUGAAUCUUCUUCCGUCUGGUAGUAAGAGACUCGAGGUGGUAGGUUACCAGGCUGAAAGGAAGCAAGGGAGAAGGAAGAAGAAAUGUAAGAAACAAAAAGGAAGUAGAAAGAAGUAA